CAGUUCUUCACCAAAUUGACGUCUCUCCUCGAGACGCGCCAACAAAAAGGUCGCGGCAGCAUCUUCCUGACACAGAAGCGACUGACCUUCGAUGACUCUUCUGUCUCCAAACCCACCGACUCUCCUCUCGCCGAUCUCGAACCUCCAUCAGCACCUCUACCUAUCCUCAUUCGCGCAACAGAUGGCAACUCUCAGACAAAGGACCGCAAAAAGUCGGAAAAGAUCAAGCUGAGCACAGUCGUACAACCCGAUGAUCUGGAAACUUUCUAUACCCGCUACGCAGAGGUCUGCAAGCAGGGCAUGCAGGCAUUGAAGAAGAGAGAUCGCAGCAAGAGAAAGAAGCAGAAGCAAGGCAAGAAAAAGGCCCAGGACGACAAGAAAUGA